AGCCGCAGCCGCUGCUCCUCCCCGGCGGCCGCCCCCCGCGGGUCCCUCCCUGGCUGCGGGAGACGCGGAGGUAGAGGGAGGACGCCGCCGCCGCCGCCGAGCCGCGCCGCCCGCACCCGAACCCUUCGCCUCGCCCUGCCGGUCCUCACUCUGUGGGAGGAACAUGGAUAACCUCAGUGACGCUUUAAAGAAGCUGAAGAUAACAGCUGCGGACAGGACAGAGGGCAGUGUGGAAGGGUGCUUGGAUUGUCUGCUUCAAGCCUUGGCUCAGAAUAAUGCAGAAACAAGUGAAAAAAUACAAGGAAGUGGAAUUCUUCAGUUGUUUGCAAAUCUGUUGACGCCUCAGGCCUCCUGCGCAGCCAGAGUAGCCAACAUCAUAGCAGAAGUAGCCAAAAAUGAAUUUAUGCGAAUCCCAUGUGUAGAUGCUGGAUUGAUUUCACCACUGGUACAGCUGUUAAAUAGCAAAGACCAGGAAGUGCUGCUUCAAACUGGCAGGGCAUUAGGAAACAUAUGCUACGAUAGCCAUGAGGGCAGAAGUGCAGUUGACCAAGCAGGUGGUGCACAGAUUGUAAUUGACCAUUUAAGGUCGCUGUGCAGUAGAACAGAUCCCGCCAAUGAGAAGCUCAUGACUGUCUUUUGUGGCAUGCUGAUGAACUAUAGCAAUGAGAAUGAUUCCCUUCAGGCCCAGCUUAUUAAUAUGGGUGUUAUCCCGACCUUAGUGAAGCUACUGGGCAUUCACUGCCACAAUGCAGCUCUCACCGAGAUGUGUCUCGUUGCAUUCGGGAAUUUAGCAGAACUCGAGUCGAGUAAAGAACAGUUUGCUAGCACAAACAUUGCUGAAGAACUGGUAAAACUAUUCAAGAAACAAAUAGAACAUGAUAAAAGAGAAAUGAUUUUCGAAGUUCUAGCUCCGUUGGCAGAGAAUGAUGCUAUUAAGCUGCAGCUGGUUGAAGCAGGUUUGGUAGAGUGUCUCCUAGAGAUCGUUCAACAGAAGGUGGAUAGCAACAAAGAGGACGACGUUGCCGAGCUUAAAACUGCAUCCGACCUCAUGGUUUUAUUACUGCUUGGAGAUGAAUCCAUGCAGAAGCUUUUUGAAGGAGGCAAAGGCAGUGUGUUCCAGAGGGUGCUCUCUUGGAUUCCAUCAGAUAACCACCAGCUGCAGCUCGCUGGGGCAUUAGCAAUUGCAAACUUUGCCAGGAAUGAUGGAAAUUGUAUUCAUAUGGUAGACAAUGGGAUUGUAGAAAAACUCAUGGAUUUGCUGGACAGACACGUAGAAGACGGGAAUGUGACGGUGCAGCACGCCGCACUAAGUGCCCUCAGGAAUCUAGCCAUUCCAGUUGUAAAUAAAGCAAAGAUGCUAUCAGCUGGGGUCACGGAGACGGUUUUGAAAUUCCUUAAAUCUGAAAUGCCCCCAGUUCAGUUCAAACUCCUGGGAACGCUAAGAAUGUUAAUAGACGCACAAGCAGAAGCUGCUGAGCAACUGGGAAAGAAUGCUAAAUUGGUGGAGCGUUUGGUUGAGUGGUGUGAAGCCAAAGAUCAUGCCGGCGUGAUGGGCGAAUCAAACAGACUGCUCUCUGCCCUCAUCCGACACAGUAAAUCAAAAGAUGUAAUUAAAACCAUUGUACAGAGUGGUGGCAUCAAGCAUCUAGUUACCAUGGCAACUAGUGAACAUGUAAUAAUGCAGAAUGAAGCUCUUGUUGCUUUGGCACUAAUAGCAGCCUUGGAAUUGGGUCCUGCUGAGAAAGAUCUUGCAAGUGCUCAGCUUGUACAGAUCUUACACCGACUGCUAGCAGAUGAGAGAAGUGCCCCAGAAAUCAAGUAUAAUUCCAUGGUCCUGAUCUGUGCUCUCAUGGGAUCCGAAUCUCUAUACAAGGAAGUACAGGAUUUGGCCUUUCUAGAUGUUGUCUCCAAACUUCGAAGUCACGAGAACAAAAGUGUUGCCCAACAGGCCUCGCUUACAGAGCAGAGACUUACAGUGGAAAGCUGAGAACUGGCCCUGCUGGCACCAGGCUCAUCCCAGCUCCGCCCACCCCACUGUUCUCCAUCCAGCUACUUCAACUCCAUUCUCUUCUACAUCACUUGUGCAUGCGUGUAAUGUUCCAGUACCAAUGGAAGAACUGCUAUAGGUACCUGCCUAAUAAGAUUUCUAAACCCAUAGUUAAUGUGAACAUGACUGUCAGAACAAGUCUCCACCCAUAACUGUUAAAUCCUAUAUUCCUGAUGCUUGAGCUACAUUAAGUAGAAUGUGCAUGUUGUAGUCCUAUGAUGAUGUAAACUUGGUACUACAUGCUGACUUGCUCCUCACAUGCAGUAAGCUACAUAAUAAUGUACUGGUAAAUUAGAAACAAAGAAUGCAGCAGGAUCUGUCUAGCUUAUUUAAAGAUGAAACUGAAUCGUCAAAGUAGCACCAUAUUCUGGUUUUGUUUUUUGUUUUGUUUUGGUGCUGGGGAAGCACAGUGAUCAAACAACCUGUAUGGCUGCUCAUUCAGUAGUCUUCUGCCAGCAUCAGGCCUGUUACACCUAGAGUUGAAUAGGUUCAAUACUCAUUCUUCCCCUGCGGUUUCUCUCCUUUUUCUGAACUACAUAUAGGCAGUUUGCCAAGCUACACAGCAAACCUUCCUGAGGCCCCUGAUUCUGUCUUUAACUGACAAUGGUACAGGGGCCCAGUGCUGAGACGUGGAUUUUAAUGUGACCGGAGCGUGGGAAGGAGUUAAAGAAACCCUAGCAUACUGAACCAUUUUGGAUCUUGCCUGUAUUUUAGAUUCCGAUUUGUGUGUAGUUACAUCUAAAACUUCCAUCAGUUAGCCAGCAUUGUCAACAUGCCUCUAAAUCGUCCUUGGCAUUUGUUCAGUGAAGGAAAACUGAGGGCGACUUGUUUGGUGGAGAAUGGACUUUUUUUCCUCCUGGUUUUCAUCGCUUAGGGUGGAAGCAGGGAGGUUCAUCUUUCAUGCUCCUUUUCAAUGUGCUAAUUCUAGAUGGACGUAAGAGGAAACCUGAAGUAAGCUUGUCUAAAGAGAGGAAGGCCGGUUUUAAAAGCCAUAGUAGCCAGUCCAGUACAUUCUGCAGAUGGCCUCAUAGCAGUCAUUGUUAGAGUUCUUCACCUCCACUUUCCCACUGAGAACCACAAUAAUCUCCCAGGCUGCAAGCCAGGACUCGACUUAAAGACUCUUCUUGGCAAAAUGUAGUGUGCUCAUCACUGCCACUAACCACCACCAAGUGAGUUUUUUAGAGCUCUGACACACAAUCUUUAUAAAUUAAUCGGGAUUCCCUGUGACCCGCCUGCCUCCUCACACCCAAGGUUGAGUCCUGCUGAUGCCCGAGGGAGGCCGAGCUCCAUUACAGGAAUGGAGGGCAGUGAGGGGCUGCUGAGAGGGACCAGCUCCUUCCUCCCCCAACAGGAGAUGCGCGUAUCUCUGCGUUCUCUAAAUCAGACUUUGCUUUUCACACUUUUAAAUUCAAGAAAGAUUUACUUAAUGUAAGUAAAAACCCGAGUGACAGUUCCCUCUGAUGUCCAAAUAAGGGAACUUUGGUGAGCUGAGCACCUGUGCUUACUCACUGUAGAAAUGAGUUCUUUAUUGUCUUUCUCCUGGGCUGGAUAAGUGGACUAAUGUUGCAUAAUACUGUCCAUAUUAAUAACUUAAUAAAUAAAUAGUAUAUGAAACUACA